AUUACCUGGUUCUUACGGCGGUGAAGGAGUGGGAAGGAAACAUUUGAAGCCACUCAACAAAACUCACCACAGCUGCUCUGGAGCUUGGAGGAAUGGCUUCUGUGUCAUAUUCCCCCAUGAAAAGCACCGUUUUCUGCAGAAAUGAAUCAAUUCCGUUUGUGGGUUUAUCUUCUUUUCCAUUACAAGAGCCCAGAGUUAAAGCUUUUCUCCAUUUCAGUAGAGAAAGAGUAAUCUCUAAAAGAUUUAUCAGAAAGGGAUCUCCUCCUUUUCUCAGAACGGGGUUGUAUGGCAAGUCAACGAAGGAAACGACUUUGAUCCCCAGAAGUAACAUUUCCUCAAAUUCUAAUGGUGCUGAGGAUGGCUCUUCCAACCAGGAGAAGACACCCUUUGGAUAUACAAGAAAGGAUGUCUUGUUGAUUGGUGUUGGAGUUACUGCCCUCGGAUAUGGCUUAAAGUAUGGAUUGGAGUUCUUUGGAGUUGAUCCUUUACAGGCUGGGAAUGUUGUUCAAUUAGUACUGGUUUUAGGCUUGACAGUGGGAUGGAUCUCUACAUACAUAUUCAGAGUCUCGAAUAAGGAAAUGACAUAUGCUCAACAAUUACGAGACUACGAAAGCAAAGUCAUGGAGGUUUGUCAUUACCGCUUCUACUUGUGCAAUCAUUUCAUAUUACAGUUCUUGUUCUGGCCAUUCUGGAUACUAAACACAUUCUUCUGUACUAUGGUUUUCCCCAUCCUAGUGACUGUUACCUUCUCUUUUAUGUGCAAUAAAUUGUGUCUUUAGUCGUGCAAAUAUUUUUCUCUAUGAAAUUUGCUAACCUGCUUCAGCUAGUUCAUGGUUUAAUGCCUUCAAGCCAACGGUAUCCUCAAAAUGCAAGUGGACUGAAAUUCACUACUAUGAUGUCAUUGUAAAAAUUUUAUCAGCUUUCUAGCUCUGUAGAUUUUUAAACAUAGUUUUCCUUUAUCCACCUUCUGGUAUUACAUAUUUCUUUAGAGCUUACAGGCUAUGAAUAGUGUGUUUGUACUGUAGUUGUCGGACGAGUGGAUCUAAGUAUGGAACUUAAGCUUAAGUAUGCUGAAUUCUGUUUUGGCUCUUGCUGUCACAGAAAAGAUUAGAGAGUUUGACAGAAGCAGAGCUGCAGGUGUUGCUUCAACAGAUUGAGGAAGAAAAGACACUGCUCGAAAAGGGUGAGCAGGGGAAUUGAGCCUGUUACUCAUGGCACACUUCAAACAUUACCCUUACUAUUAUGGCGUCUGAAUAUACUUUAUGCAUUAUACUGCGAGUUAGAAACAGAUGUACAAAAAUUGUUUACUUUGUCACGAAUUAUAUGACUAGAUUUAAUUGGAUGUCCAUAAUCAAUACCCAAUAUUACCAAUCUUUUAAUAUAUAUAUAUAUAUAUAUAUAGAGAGAGAGAGAGAGAGAGAGUUUUUUAUUUCAUUCAAAAGAUUUCAAAAACUCUAAACUCAAAUGUCAUUUUUUAAUCCCCACACUUUUUGUGAUAUAUUUUUGAACGGGAACGCUUCUAUUAGAAAAAAUACUUAGUUUUUUUUCUAAGAAAUCAAGAAAAAUCAUAAACUACUAAAAUAAUCGCUCCAUUCUAAUCAAU